AUGCUGAAGAUGGGCGAGACCGGGCAAGCGCCGAUCCAAACAUAUCGAGGCAACUGCCAUUGUACAGCGUUCAUCUUCGAGAUCGAUCUGCCACGGAUUCAAACAGUCACGGAGUGCAACUGUAGCAUUUGCUUUCAAAAGGGCUAUCUGUGGGUCCCUUCAAGUCGCAAGGAUCUGAAAGUUGAAAAGGGUGAUAUGAAAUCUCUCAGCAGCUAUACCUUUGGUCCAGAGAAGCUGGCACACAAAUUCUGUUCGACUUGUGCUUCGAUUGUCAUGGCAGAAGAAACCGCAGGGGAUGCCCUUUAUCUCAAUGUUCGUGUUCUCCAAGAUCUUGACAUCUGGGCGCUGAAGAGGCAGCAACAUGAUGGGGCUGCCGAAGGAGGUGACUACGCACCGCCAGAAUAUGAAGGCAAAGUCCCAACUGCAGCCAAAGGACAGCAAUUAUACACUGGCUCCUGCCAUUGUGGUGGGUUCGGUCUAGCUCUUAUGAGCAAAACUCUUGAUGAUACUUACAGCAGCCGCAUCGCAGAGUGCACAUGCAGCGUCUGCGUCCGGAAUGCUUAUAUCUGGAUAUACCCUCAAGCCAAACAAGUCGUGCUCUCCGCAGCCGAGUCCGGAAACAUCGGCCGCUACAGCUUCAGUCACCACGUGCUCAACAAAACAUUCUGCACAAUCUGCGGCGUGUGCAUGACGAAUGAAUACGCCCACCGAUCGAAAGAGGAGCUCAAGUAUCUGGGUGCAGUACCAACACGAGGUUUUGCACAGUCGAUGAAGAACUCACAUCCUUUGAAUUUGCGAGUACUCAAUGACAUUGACCGGGACAAGCUACCGAAACCGAUGCGAAAUAAUGGCGCGCGGAAGAUCUCGCCCAGGUACAAGAACCCGUGA